AUGGGCGAGUGCCAGAAAGCAGUUCAGAAGAAGAAGAAGAAGAAGAAGAAGAAGAAGAAGAAGAAGAAGAAGCAAUCACUGGAACAAGAAGUCUAUUGGUCUGACGUUUCGGAUUCUCACCCGAACCUAUCAUCAAAGACGGUUGCAGAUAAAGGUAAUAGAGGCACGAAGACUGCCGUAUUUAUAAUACGUGGCUGCCGUGGGACCACGUGCGUACUAUUAUCAGCAGCUCUUGUGAUCACCGCUGGGAGGUCGUAAGUAAGGUGAUGAUGGCUCGUCAGUCCGCGUUCGAGUCGUUACUUGCCUCAAUUUCAUCAUCCGUGUUGGAUAUUGACGUGCUGAUUACUCGGCAAUUUGGCUGACAGCUUCCGAGACGUUCCCCACGUACAAGAGCACCUUCCAAAAUUUAGGGUCGGUUGGAUCUGGUUUCUGGUUUAGUCUGCGUAAGAAUUUGUUGACCAAGUGCGCGGGUAACCAUUUGCUCUCACUACCCGUCGAAGAUAUUGCAAUUCAGUAACCUUGUCUUCCGUUUCACUACAGUGCGUCUCAACGCGCCGGGAUAGCGCUCUUACGCAAUUGCUUUUAUGAAUGAUCGGGUGGUUACUAUUAAAAUUCACUACUUGCGUCGUGUUUGUCGCUUUCCUGAACACUUUGGUUUUUAGGCCGCCACAAUCUUUGCGGCCAGCGAGGGCAUCCAGGAAGGCCAGCUGGUUGUUCUCUUCCUCCUCCAUCGUAAGUUGGAUAUCGGGGAUGCGGUGUAGAAGAAACCAACCGACCCUAAAUUUUUGAAGGUGCUUCUGUAGGUGGGAAACGUCUCGGAAGCUGUCAGCCACCCCCACACUGCACGUGGAGUUUGGGCUGCACACAGGCCAAAAGCAGCAAUCAGGCGCCAAGUCAUGAGGCCGAAAGACUCGCUGCCACAACAGGAAACGUCUGGAGUCUUUGACCGGGUCUCGCGCCGUUGCGGACAGAGCAACUACGUCAGAGAAACUGGCCGAUUACUCCAAACGCGUAUGGCUGAGCACACAGCAGUGGUAAGGAGGAAAGACGCCAGCUCUCAGACGGCAGCUCAUUUCACGGAUACCGACCAUAUUUUCAGGUUUCAAGAGGCCAAAAUCCUCGCAAGAGCUGACAAUCGCGUGAGCUGCGGGCUGCUCGACUCAUGGUUCUCAGGCCCGCAAUACAUCAACAAGCGCAAUGACCUCCCGGUACCAUAUUCAGUGCAGAGGCAUUCCCUGAGCAGGGGAAUCAGUCACGUCUGGAGGGCGCGGGCGCGGGCGCUCAACUAUCCUGGUGACAGCGGGCCAAAUUGCCGAGUAAUCAGCACGUCAAUAUCCAACACGGAUGAUGAAAUUGAGGCCAGUAAUGACUCGAACGCGGACUGAAGAGCCAUCAUCACCUUACUUACGACCUCCCAACGGUGAUCACAAGAGCUGUUGAUAAUAGUACGCACGUGGUCCCACGGCAGCCACGUAUUAUAAAUACGGCAGUCUUCGUGCCUCUAUUACCUUUAUCUGCAACCGUCUUUGAUGAUAGGUUCGGGUGAGAAUCCGAAACGUCGGGCCAGUAGACUUCCUGUUCCAGUGAUCGCUUCUUCUUCUUCUUCUUCUUCUUCUUCUUCUUCUUCUUCUUCUUCUUCUUCUUCUUCUUCUUCCUCUUCUUCUGAUGUCCGCUUUAUAACCGUCUGUCCGAUGGUCCACGUAGACCUUAUGCAGCCUGUGCUUUUCAGCGAGCGAAGUACUAUGUCUGCGUCAUUGUCAUCGAACCAGCCCUGAUGCCAACAUGCUGUGCUUCCAAAGACAUCAAAAUUAGUCGAGUGAAUAGCGUUCCGCAGUUGACAGCAUCGAGUCUCCUCAGUGGCGAUCUUGUUCGGGGCCGGUUGCUCUUCUAGUUGCUGAGCUAACUGAUUGCUGAAAUGUAAUAGGUGAAGAGACAAAUUCAAUAAAACAGGAUUUAAUUUACGUGUUGGUCGCAUUUCUUGUGAUUUCCUGUGGAAUUGUCUUCGGAGCCUCAUCUCGAAGACGAUGGCGCGGUCAUCUGUCCAGUCAUCGGCAUCGCAGAUAGUCCUGGUCUCCAGCACGUCUUGCCGAUUUGGCCUCUGGACGAAAGCGUAUUCCAGCAGCUGCUAAUCCCGCGUUCGGGAGCAUAUCCAGGCCGCUUUCUUUGGCGUAGGCAGGCGGAAGAAAGUGUUGAUCGGGAGGAGGCGGUGUUCUAAGCAGGUUUGCAGGAGACAGAGGACGUGGCCGCUGCAACCGCCGAUCCAAUGGCGACCCAUCACUCCCCUUCUGACAGCAGGUUCUGCCCUGACGAGGGCACUGGAUCCACCAAAGACAACCGGCCUCAAGGCGGCGUGCAGAUCUUCGUAGAACUCGGUCUUCCGCUCCUUGAAGAUAGUCAUUGAGGGUAGGGCGUAGCCUUGAAGAUGAUGGCUAAUUCGGUUGGCCAAAGAGGCGGGCGAAGGCUCACGAAGCGUUCGUUGAUGCCCUGCGGCAGAUAGGAUAAUCAUAACAUGAUAUCUGUCCGAAUGGCAGAGGCGACGCCAGUGUCGCGUCGUUUUGCCUUUGCGUGGCCGCUCUAAAGGAAGGUGGACCUGGCAACCGCCUCCUCCAGUUGGUCUUGUCACAUGAAACGGGUUUCGCUGAAAGCAGCGGUAUCAACACUGUAGCAGUCACUCUAGUGGCCUGUGGGGCGGGAAAGAGGAGAUAGAGACGAGGGUUGUUUAUUGUCAAAUUGCUUUGAUCGUGAGUUGUAAAUCGGUCAGUUACUAUGUGCGAGUAAGGCGGUCCAAGCAUUUGUUUAGGGCACCUUUUCUACCUCCUUCUCCCCCGAGGGAGUAAGCAGCGUUGCCCUUUAAUAGGGCUGCUUAGCCAUCCAAGAAGGCUGUCGAACUUCACUGAGUCACGGUUUGGUAUAGUGUGAGAGCAACCCGAGUUAGCUUUGGCCAACUACGGAAUUCCAAGUCGCCAUCCGCGUAAGACUUUUUAAAGAGGUAGGCAGAUGAAGUAAGAGCAGAAUUACUGGGUGUGGGGAUGCAAAACGUCGGAUACCCUCACCUGGUGUAGUUUGCCGAUCGAGGGGGUUACGAGGGUGUAGGUGGUAGAUAGGGCCUAGCAUCGGGGUGCCAGAGGUUAAAGUUGAGGACCAGUUAAUGGCCCUGCGGAGCAGUCCCCGGAAGGCAAUUCAUUAUUUGUUUGUAUUAGUACAUAAGCAGGAAGUAGCUUUUGUCAUUUCUAUCUAUAGAAAUUUGCAGUAAACAGUACUUCGAGCUGAUAGGUAUUAGUCAAACUUACCAAGUGACCACUGCACUAGAGUUAGAGCUGCUUCAUUACGGUAAACAUCUAAGCAUCUAGAUUACUUGCGGGUGCUGAAAUGUACUUCACUUUCCGAAUCUUAGGAAGGCCGCAUAGGUACUAGCGGUUAAGGCUGUUCACUGAGAUCCAAUAAACGGUCCAGACUUCUCUGUCGUUGGGGCCGUGUAGGCCUGUUUUCGAGUUGACGAUCCCGUGACCUUUUCAUUCCGAAAACUACAGCAGUCCCAGUACCUGGUUAGCUUUGGAAAUCGGGACUGUCAUUUAAUCGUUUAUUUGGACGCUGUACAAGACUGGGCUUCCUAAGUGUGUAGAUGUUUUCCUCAAAGGUACCUGGCAAUGGCCACCAACAAGGACUGACGACUACGUGCAAGCCAUUGCCUGCGCUGGUCAUUGUACUAUGACUCAUUAUGAAACAAAGAAACGGAAAUCUAUCUGUAUCAUUUCUGUUGCUGGUCACGCGGAUGUCGGUGGACGAAUUUAUGCAAUCUAUUAUUAAAUGCUUUUUAGAAGCAUGCUUUCUUUGACUUACAGAACUAUGCGUCGGUCGGAUAUUUGAGAUAGUUUAGGGGAGUUAAUUCUGACGGCCAAGCAUUAGUAGCCGCAAGAGCAUACAGUUAAAGAGAGGUGGUGGGAAUGUCAUCAUUUCCUCAUUCUGCUCGCCACGGUGAAACUUUCUGAAGUCGUUCCGUUAUUGAAAACUCGAGGUUGUCCGCAGCAGAGUAGUAACUUCCUCCUGGAUAUGGCUUUUCGAACAUUAACAGUUACUUUCUUAUCUUUCAAAGUCUCUUUCUGCGUGUUCUUUUGGAACUUUCAGUGUGAGAGCCAGAUAACUUUUGCAUCUUUCCAUUAUUGUUUCAAACAGGCUUUGUGAUCCCUGUCUAUACCAUGGACGAAGUGCAUGGAGAGAGCUCAGGUUAAUUGACGCAUCGUGAGACCAAAGCAGUCUCGUAAUCUCAAAGUGGUCAGAAGAGGAAAAAAAACAUGUCACUGUCUCCCGGACAGUUUCCGUAAAAAUUUGCAAAUAGCAAAGGUGAAAAAAGUGAACAUUAUUUAAAAAUACUUAGUGGCGCUAGUUUUUCAGCCUGACUUUCGUAUAGGUCUAUAGAAGAAACACCAGGAAGUACUGAGAGAAAUAUUGAUCGAGCGUACCUUGACGUUCUUUUUUGACCGACUACAACCCAACCAGACACGCGACUAUUUGGGUCAUGUAGAACGUCGUGUCCACUGCCAUCCAGCAUAAAAUGAAGUUGUAAAACAGUAACAAGUUUUCGGCUUUCCCGGCCGGAUACGUGCUCCUUGUAAGGCAUGCCAUUCUCACCACAGCCAUGAUUUUUUGACUGUUAAUGAAUGAUUUAUUGUGCUUUGUUCGGAGAACUCCUCUUUGCAGUAUUCACAUUUAUCGUAAUGUGUACGAAUUCUAUCGAUACACAGCAAUUCGUCACAGCUAUUGACAUUAUAAUUCAAAAACCCGUGGCUUCCCAUUAUCGACUCCGGCUGGUAUCAGCACAGCAAAAUUUCUAAACUUGCAGUAAGCAUUGUAAUUACCAGUUGCCUUACUGUUUAUUUUUCAUCAAAUAAUGAUAAUGAAUUGCGAUAUUCUCAAAAUCGUACUUAUUUGCCUAACCUAUUUGACGACCACAAAUGUCAAUGUAUACUUGGAGUGAGUACAGGGAUGUUAAGGAAACGUUGGAAAUUAUUGAAAAAAGAAGUCGGUCCAACGGCAGAAUGAUGACGCCGGUUAACGAAGGCCCUAGAAGAUCAUUCAUGAUGAGGCUUUUAUUUCCAUACAGAAAACGGAAAAUUAGAUAACGUAGUUUCAAGUGAGACCUACAAAGGAUGCUUUGUGUGACUGAGCUCGUCACUGAUCAGGUCACCGAACGCAACAGAUCCGCGUUCCCUACCGUGUAAGAUUAUUGUUUUGAAGACAAUUCGAAAAUCUGAGUGAUUGGUAAAUAGACUGCCAGAGAACCGGUGAACAUAUCCUAUGGCUGUUUCCUCAAUUUUUAAAUUUUCCAGAAAACGAAUGGUAGUGAUGGGGACAGAUUUACUACUCCCGAGAUUUGUGGUGAAAAACAGAAUAAUGACAGAGGUAGCUAGAUCGAUAUUAAUAGUUUUGUAUGGCAUAAACCCUAGAUUGCAUAUGGUAACAGUUGCCGUGAUGUUAUAAAAUAAGUCUUAAUCAAUACCAUGAAGGGAUCUUAACAAAAUUAAGAAGUCUUAGAAGGCGUCAACUCAGUCUUUGUUCAUGAGUCCAAGUUCUAAGUAAGUUAGACCUGAAAAAGCCUUUUUCUCGACGAGCGGAAUACAGCAGCGAAUUAACAAGAAGGCACUCUUAAAACUUUUUGCUGAAAACGGAUAAAGGAGGGAAUUUUCUUAGGUGGAGAUCGAACGUGGUAUACGAUUGUUUCUUGCCCGUGGGCGGUCUACGCGACAAGAAUGAAAAAAUCAGUAUCUUACAAGGGUUGAACUGUCUAGUGGAAGAGGACUGAAAAUGUUAAAGUCAGUCUUCAGGAAGGACGAGAUCACUGGUGGUUAUUUUAGUUUCAGCAGCAAGCUCUGAAGCCGCUUUUAUUAUUUCCUAAGAGCUGUGCGUCAUCACUGAGGGAGAAACCAGGAUAAUUACGGAUCUAAUACGAAUUGUCUUUCUCUGUCACGGACAGAGUAGUAUAUGCGAGGCUGUAAAUUCUAGAGAAGGAAGAAUGUUGAUCGAUUAAUUAUAACUGGCCAGGCCACGUGCUUGAUUUCCUAUCACUGCUUUUUUCGCAUAUCAGUGGGCCGAUCUCGUGUCAAUUAUUUUAUUGAUUUUGUGUCUAAACAUUCUUUCCCACACGGAAGCUUCUAGUAUUAGUCAUUUGGUGUGAUGAUCAACGUGUACUAACCAAACAUCUGUAAGUGAAUUGUCUUCACGACAACCUUCGAUAAAGUUGUUUUCGUCACAAAUCGUCUGGGUGUCAUUAUUAUUCACAAUAUCGCUAAUUGGAGGACUUGUCGGCGUUUAAGUGAACCCAGAGGAUCAGUCAACUCUGUGUUUUUGACUUAUCUUCGAAAUAUUAUGAUUUUUUUCGGGAGAUAAGCAUUGUCAUCAUAUGCAAUCCCUCUACCUCAGUAAAAUUACUACCGCUUGUAAUGCCGUCUUAUGACGUGAACAAGCACUUAACGACUACGCUGCUAAAGGUCCACGUUAUAACCUGACACACCAGACUUACUAGCUUUGUGGCUUAACUCGAGGCGGUCAAAGAUUGUGGUAACGAUCGUCGUUAAAACGUCUUCGGGGACGCUGGGGUUCCGGCGGAAUGCCAGAACAAGACCGAUUUCGGAGAAGACAAACUUACCAAAUUGUGUACUGGCAAAGUUCUGGAGAUGCGGGACGGAGUGGAGGUCAGGGAUGAUGACAUUCUUCAAGGCUUGGUAGUAACCGCAAGAGAAUCAGUUACCAGUGGUCUUGGGGACUGUAUGGAGAGACGUAACCGAGUUUUUCGGCUGACGGACGAUGUCCAUCUGGAGCAUGUGCUCAAACUCGGCCAUAACGUCAGCCAGACGUGCAGGCGCAAGAUGACGCGGCCGAGCAAACAUAGGAAAAUCAGUGUUGCGGAUAUGAUGGAUGGAAUCGUGCGGUUGGGUGUAUACGCUGCAUUUGGGAUGAAUGAGAAGCUUGCAAAACGAACCUUCGAGAUCGGAAUCAAGGACAAUAAGUCGGUUGAACACCAUGGAGUAAGGGGUACCUCGAACGACAAGAAUAUUUAUCUCAUCGUGUGAGCUAGUUCAUAGUGGCAGCGCACUUGCGCGGCAUCUACUACACUCUCUCCUCCCCAGCUGGGUACGGUAUCAAAACAUAAUCAAGAGGACUGAAGGCGGGGGAGGGCACAGGUGGAUGGCAUGGCCGAGUCCGCACCUUGGCACUCCACUUCACACACCCUGGUCCACGCAGAAAAUGCUCAGAAUUUUAAACAAAAACAACAAUGGGGGAGGCAGGGGUCCCAAUGCGCGCGUUGUACACCGGCAGCUGGGUCUUCCAUCGCACCCUCCAAAUGUUGGGAUCUGUUAUGGUGCGCACGCCGGUAACGCCUGCCAGAAUCCGAUAUGCCCCCGUGUUGGUGCAGCGCAUCUAUGGCGUGGCUCGUUUUGGGGCACUAGAUGGAGUAUAACGAUAGGCCUCGACACCGAAGUUGACGUAUUCCCAGCAGAUGGCAACGGAGUGCAGUCGGCAACGGGAGCAUCGGCCAUCACGACCCGGAAAUUGGUGAGAGAGGUGAGGGGCUGUUGAAGUUAAGGGGCAAUGACAGCUGUAAAUAGCUCUGGCUUAGGCUCGCGGAUCUCAGAGGAGGUCGGAGGUCGGAGACUGAUAAAUAGUAGAGAUCGUUAGGGGCUCAGAGCAGUGGACUUCGAUUAUACGAUCAUGAAGGUCGGCGAGCUUUGAAACGGUGAAAUAGUCUGGGUGGAGGCAAGGAUUGUCUGCACAACUGUAGGUAGACGUUUUAUAGACAUUUUCUACGAAGCUUCUCCUCAAUCUAAAUGUCUUGAGUAUAAAACGCAUAAGACGCAGAAGCUUCGUGAGUUUCCUGUCGCCAAGGUGUUUCUUGACUAGCUAGUGACAGAACUGGAGGUCAGACCGUGUAUUAGGGCGAAGGACCUCCGCUUUCGACAUCAAAUAUGACGCAUCAGGGGGCGAAUUAGAGAUGAAGGAUUACACUUGCUAGAUAACAAUUGCUGCGGGAAUAUCAAACACUUUCUGGAGUUUUGUUAGAUCUCUAAUGACUUUCGUCAAAAAAAGGCAGGCUCACUGCGGGUGAAGUAAGGUUCGAACUUAUUUCUCCAGAAUUAGAGCUGGACGAGAACGAUGACAGACAAAUGUUUCCGAGAGACGCAGACUUUCCACAUCCAGCGGUCGUGGAGGCCGUGAGCGUAGACCUCCACAAAGCUUUUGUCUUGGAUGUGCUUAUAACCCUCUACCUUCUGCUCCCGCCACUCUGCCCUGUCAUUUCACCUCCAUAUUCGCCGUCCCCAGCCACAACCUUAAUAUCCUUUUGCAGCUCUCGCGUUACAGCACACAGGCAAAUCUCUCUUCUGUCUGUAUCACAGACAGAGGACGCCGCGACAACUUCCCUGAUAUUUUCGUCCAGCAAUGGCGUUCCUACUUCAGGUUACGUAGUGCUUUCUCUACCUUUCACAACGCUCGACAUCUUAAUGCCUGGUGCAAUCGUAACAUGAUUGCUCCCUGGAGAAAAAAGAUUAGCCUGAUACGCAGUUUUUCUUCAGCCUUAAUAAAUUACAGUGCCCCAUCUGCAGGUAUCUUGUGCAAAUUUAACCAUCUCACGGUAAUGCUCAGCCCUCGGCGCUCUUCUUUCCUCCUCCAAAUUCCACUUUUAUCUAUCAAGACCUGUGUUUUCGAUGUCGAUUUGGGUUUAACCUAGACAGAUAUGAAUAUGAAAAAGGAAGAGGUUCUUCGGAAAAAAUCGAGUUGCACUCGUGAAUUUUCGAAUUGGUGACACCAACCCGUCGUCAGACGAAAUGAAGAGAAAAGAGAGAGUGAGACAGUCACACUAGACUAAUAGACGAGACAGGACAGACAUUGACGGACGAACCAUUAGCGUGUGAGGAGGGAUGCGGGUAGGGAGUCGUGCUGGGUUCUGAGCCGGGAGGCUAGGAAGGGGGGGGGACCGUUACGGCUCCCCGUGUUGGAGGGGAGGGAGAAUGGCAGGUUGGCAGAACUGCGGGCGCCUGGAUUAGCGGCUGCUGAUGCGGCGUGGGGCUCGGCUUAGUGAGGCCUGAUCUUAGGCCCUCAUAAUGGACGCCUAGAUCAACGUGGCGGUUGAUGCUGUCCGCGUUAGAGUGCUAUGCCUCUAGGAAUUCUCUCGCCCGUUUUGUGUUGGCCGUGGCGAUGGCCUCGGUGUUAUCCCAAUUAAAACGGUGGUCGCACUGGAGUGCGUGCGCAAAGACGAGGGACAGUGGAUCACGGCGACGGACAGCUAGUUUGUGUUCAUUAAUACGAGUUACCAGGCGUAGUCCUGUAUGACCAACAUAUACGCAUGGACAAUUGGCACAUGGGAUGCGAUAGAUGACGUUAGUCUGUUCCUCUUUGGGGAUAGAAUCCUUUACUCGAGUUAAGACUGUGCGCAGCGAGGAUGCAGGCUUGUGGGAAACGCGAAUACCGAACUGACUUAACUGACGGGCGAUCAUUUCUGAGGUCCCCUGCAUAUAGGGCAGGGAGAAGAAUUUCCGGGUCACGGUUUCUCCAUCUGAGGAGGGGUCUCGAAAUUAUGCCUGACGUCUGAGGCAGUUCUUCACGAAACUGACUGGGUAUCUGUUAGAUCGAAAUAGCCGAUAUAGAAAGCCUAAUUCUUUCUUCAGCAGGUCGUCAUUGCUGCAAUACCGGUAGGCCCGGUGGAAGAGGGUUCGGACGCAGCUUCUUUUGUGAGCCGCAGGGUGAUUGCUUCCAUAAUUGAGGAUGAUCUCAGAAUCAGACCCGUUUCUAUGGACGCUGGUUGCGAGGUUACCACCGUCCAGCCUUUGUAGUUGUACGUCCAGAAACGACAGACUGUCUCCUACUGCCUCUUCGUGGGUAAAUUGUAUGGCCGGAAAGACUUCAUUCAGCCUCUGAUGUAGCCUUUCGACCUCGUGGUUCUUUAUUACGACAAAGGUGUCGUCUACAUAGCAGAGCCAAAUUUUGGGGUUAAGAGUUUGAAAAACCUCAUCUUCUAGUCGCUGUAGCACCAGUUCGGCGAGUAGACCGGAUAUUGGGGAGCCCAUUGAACUUCCCUUCACCUGUUGGUAGUACUUAUUGUCGAACUUACAAUAGUUCUUAAGGCACAUUUGGAGCAGUUCUAUAACGUGGUGCGCUGGGAUACCAACAGGAUUGUCCUGUAGCCGUUGGGCUACGCAGUCAAUUGCCAAGUCGUGCGGUAUAGAAGAAAAUAAGGCAACGAUGUCAAAAGACAAGAUGCCUUCAUUAGUGCUUACAUUGAGGCCGUCGAUCCGGUUGAGGAAUUCGUGGGAACUGUUAAUGCUGUAGCGAGAUCCGUGAGUUAGCGGCUUCAGAUGCUUGUACAGCCACUUGGCUAAAUUAUAGGUAGGGGGUCCGAUGAGCGGUACUAUAAUCCUCAGUGGGGCAUCAAUUUUGUGAACCUUUGGGAGACCGUACGCGUGUGCGACAUGGGGAUCACUGCGGGUCAUAAACUUUGAGUCAUCUGGACCUAUGACUUUCAGACGAGCAAGCUCAUUAACCUUUUUCUUGAUGGCUGCGGCUUGCUUUUUCGUUGGGUCUUCGGUGAGAAUGGUAUGAAUAUUCUAUCCCUGCUUUUUGCGGAAUGUCAAUUAUCGGAGGGUUCAGUCCCAUUCUUUCAGACCCAGAGAACACGUCCCCACACCUUUUGUUCUAAGUGCCAAUUCCCAUCUAGACAGGACGCCUCGGCCUCAGUUUCUUAAAUUCCUUUACUGUCGAAACAUAAUUCAUGGGGUUGGAGAGUGAGCAACUAUUUCCGUAGCUAACUUCGAACUCUCGCUUCGUGGUGACACUUCCAUUCUAAGUAAUCACCACAGAAGUUCUGAUGGCCAAAUCUGUUUUUAUACUGAGCAGACAUUUGGACUUUAGUUACGACGUAAUAAUCACCUCGAGUCAUUUUUUCUCUUGUACGUGAAAGUGAAUCUCACCAGUUUUUUUUCUAUUAGCGCGAUUUCUAUCUGUAUACAAAAACAAAGUCUAUGCAAAAUUAUCUCUUUUUAACGAAACUGCUAGUUACUUGUUUAAUUUAAAGCAGCUUUCACAAAUGCUGAGUGUUAAAUCGACUGAAGUCAUCUCUCGCAGUCAUAAAAUUCGGGGACUUUAGUCUGAGUGUCAUAUCUUGUCUCGAAGAAAUGGCUGCUAAAUCCGCUGUUGUCAUGCGACCGGUGGGUACUUCAGCCAACGACGAACAACUGUUCGUCCCCCAACUGCAGUUAUUUCCCUCUCGACCAGUUCCCAUGCCAAAGUGCAUUCUUAUUAUCCGAAACUUUAGUAAACUAUUUUGGGAGGUAUUUCGCUAUUUGCCCAGCCCAUGCUGUAUGUCCAUUCAAAUGAUGCCUGUAAACUAGCAUUAAAUAUGAAUACUAUUUAUAGUCUAGCAUAUUUAUAGGAAUUCGGGGAGAAUGUUUGUGUGCACUCUAUUCCCUUAGUUUCGGUUUGUAGUGUCUUCAAGAAGUCUAAUUCGAGGUUCUUGCAAUUCAAGUAAGUCAUCUCAAUCGGGAAAGUAAUUUCUGCCCCUUCAGUCCCCUAUUCAUAAACAAAAAACGGCAUAGAACCAAUUUUGACAGCAGUUAUUCUCUGGACAGUGUAAGGUCAUCGGUCUGUGUGAGUUAAGUGAAAACUGCGGCCUCCGAAACAGUCUUGAUUAUAUGUACAGUCGUUUCUCUCCAAAUAAGCAUUAAGUUUGCAUUUAAACGUCUCAACAGUGUCCGAAAACGCCACCGCAGCAAGGAGACCGUUUCAGGAUCCAAAGACCCUCCGCGGGGAAGGCGUUCCGUCGGACGUCCCUAUGGACCAAAUUUCUCUGCAGUUUAAAGGGAUGUGGCCACACAGACGGUCCGUUCUUGCAGAUUAAAAGUCGUCAAAAUGUGGAACACACUGCCCCUAAUGAUUUGCGAGGUCUGAAUGAGGAUGCAACUCAGUUCCCCGUAAUUUAAAGGGACAAAGUAACUUCAGCCAGUCUGGUUUCGUGUGACAGACCCCCAUGGUCCUUUACUAUCUUUGUAGUCCUCACCUGCGUUCUUUCCAGCGGUUGAUAAUCCCUCCUGGACAACGGACGCCAGGCUUAUUCGGCAUACUCCAAGUAAGAUCGAACGAAUAUCCUAUGGGUUUUGCCGGACAGCCCUUUUUCAACCUGUACAAGCACAGGUCUCGGCUAAAAUAACACCGUGUUGAGCAUUUAGUUGCGCCUGAACAUUGGGAUGAGGGAACAAACGAGGAGGUCGCGAGAGAGGAGUGCGAAGCUGGCGCCUUCUGCAGAAUGGCUCCGCAAACUAUCAGGCGGUUGGUCAAACAUUUUCACGUGAACUACGAUAGCGCCUACGUCUGUAAUGGAUUUGAAGAUCCGCAAAAUUGCGUUUGAGCGAAACUACCAGUCACUGCGCGACCCAUUUGAUGCAAUUUAGAAGUUUAGUCAAGUAAGAAAUAUCAAGAUAAGUGUAGUUUUUAGGGAAACGGCUAGUAUUACAUGACGGGAAGUGUCAACUCGUUUUUCAUUUGGCUCAUAUAAAGAGGAACGGAUUCGCGGUAAAGUUUUCUAAAGCGGACCCCAACCAUGAAUAUACGUCAACCGAAACGGUCGAAACGCAGGAAUUUUUAAGGAGAAUGGUUUGCAGUACUUUCAUAGGCUGAGUCAUAUUUCUCCAAAAAGUAAUUCUGGUCACAACUCCUUAAGAUGUAAGCUGUACGACAAAAACAAGCACUGGUUCUGCAUGCCUAGUUUAGGCGACUCAUGUGAAAUGGCAUAUUUAAAAACCGUGGUUAGCUGAUGUUCAGAGUAAGGGAAUAUGAGAAGGCAAGUGAAAAUUUGGUCACCUUUUUUGGAAGUUUUAAACAACCAACCGAAACAUUAGGACUUCUCAUUCCUGUAAACUGCUAGAAUACCACCCACAGCGUUACUAAUUUAGAUAUGGCAGUAAUUAUAUGUAUCGACGAGAAGACCUGCUAAGCUAAUGAAGAGACGAAGACCAUAGAUAUUGCCGGUAGUCAGUUAGAUAUGGUAGUAGAACACAUUAUACAAGUAAUCGUUAGUUUCCAAUCGUUUUUUGUGUCCAGUGCUAUCCUGCCUGAUCGCUGCUGUUAUUAUUCCUAUUUAGAUAUCGAGGCUUCUACAAGGUCUUGAAAACUCGUUGAAUUAGUUCACAAAUAAUUUACACUGCACAUACAAGCAAUUCCUUUACCCUAUUUUUAUAUAGUUUGGGCAAGGCUAGUAGGAAAAAACGAUACUUUGCGGUAAUAAACCGUAAUUUUCAGCCACCAAUUGAAAGAAGAUUGAAUAUAUUGCGUGGAGUUCAGCAAGAGCCUACGGAAAGUGGUUUACCCACACAACUGAAUUAAUGUAUUUCAAUCGUAAUUUGUUUAGUUACGGCACGGCACAGUUCGUAGUCAAGCUGCUUGGUGUCGAUUUAAAAGCAAAAGUGGAUAAAUUUCUUGCAUUUAUUUUACUCUCGAAAUCCUUUUUAAGGCUAAAUAUUUUUAUCUUUUCAAGGGAGAACAGCGUGUAAGAAAUUUACAUAAGAAGCGGAUUUCGGUGAAAAAACAUGAGUCGAAUGGUGAGCUUUCACGCGAAUCACUGGCUGACUGCCAAUUUGCGAACUCUGUGAUUAACAUAAGGGGCAACACGAAAAUAGUUUUCUCAGUCUAGUGUCGUUUGCCUAACCUUGCUAACGGGACUUGAAUCUGUUGCCUGUGAGAUCUAAGGCACGCUUAGUACAGCUGAUGCUUAAUCAGGUUUCUUGUAGGUAUUUCCCCUAUUACGCAGUGGACGACGAUGUUUGCGGUGUUACAAAUUUAGCUUAAUAGUGAAUUUCCAAAUAUAUCGAGGUUGCUCUUUUCGAAGUCUACAUAAUAUACGACGUGAUUUUGUAUUAUAUGAAAGUGACGUUAAUUCUACAUGAAAUACUUUGUUGCUACUUCAAAAACGCAAAUGAAAUAAUAUUCUAACCAGAACUAAAAUGACGCGCAUCCACCAGAACAGUUGUGCAUUUCUUAACUUAAUUUGAUGCAGGCGAUUUUAAUUUGGUGUAGAAAAACUCCCGAAAUGUCGGUCUGUCAAUUUCCGGAGAUAGAAUACACAGGUAUAUUACUUCAUUAUCUCAGUAAUGUGGUCAGCGGCAUCCCGUAAGUCACAUCUAGAUAAACGAAACGUUUUGGCAUCGUCUUUUUCUGGCAGAAUUUAAUCAGAAUUCUAAGCAACGUCGCAGAGAUUUUAGGGUACCCAUUGCUGAGUCUUUUUAAAAUCUUCCUUAGUUUUUUGCUCAUAGUCUUUAUAUAAAUACUCCAUAUCACAACCAGCUAAACAUGAACAUCGAACGUGAAGAAUAUUCAGUAAAUAAAAGUGAGUAGCCUGGACUCAAAACCGGUAACACCGACCCAGAGACAAGUGAGUGGAUCAUUAAACUACGUAACUAUGAGGUCGAUUAUGAAGAUGUAAGUCGGUUGAGAGUAACGUUUCACUGUAUUUGUCCCAAGGAUAAACAAAUAAUCACCAGAUGGCCUCACGCCAAGCGAAUAAGAAGCCUAUAAGUUUUCUUAGGUAUGGACUAGGAAGAUGAGAAUUAUGCUAGUUACUUAAGCCGCAUGCAGAAAGCCCCAGUCAUGGAAAGAAAAGGGUUCCUAAGUAUCGUAAUAGUGGGUUUACAGUAGAAUGCCAGGUAUAAAAGGGAAGUCGCGAAGCUAAACAUCUGGACAGACUAAAACCCAGAAAAUCAGGUCAAAUUUUAAGUGAGACCAGCCUCGAACCUAGUGCUAACCAUAAGAAAUCUGAUGUACUUGCAUGCGGACAUUCUUUAAGGCCCUAUCUUUCAAAUAAAUCGUAUCGCCCUUAACGCCGGAUUUCUCACAAAACCGAUGAAAACACUGACUAAAUCAUCGGACUAGCAUUAGCAGGCGCAUCUCAGACAGGGUCUACGCUGAAGCGUAUGAGCCAUUUACAUCCCUUUUAACUGACAUAUAUAAAGCAAACGAAGCCAAGUGGAAGGCAGAGUGUAAUAAAACUCGACCUUUGUCAUCGUCAGUUAAUGACGACUUUCUCGGAACGCCAAACGGUUGCGAUAAGGAAACAACCUCAUAUCAGAGGGCAAGGUCUGCUACUUCAGGACUUUCCAAAAUUCCCAAUCAAUGCUCCCGAAGAGCGAGUCUCGGCUGACCUGAUUCUCUUCCGUGAGUGUAACCAUCAUGCCCGGCGAUGUCCGCCGUGUGCUUCACAGCAAGGCCGAGCAAGGACGGUGACGUUUGCAUGAGUUAGUUUAUAGUGAUAGUAAACUUGCACAGCAUCUACAGCACUCUCUCUUCCCCACUCCCCACCUGGGCCCGAUGGCAAGACAGAGUCAAGAAGACCGGAGAUGGGGGAGGGAGCAGGUGGCUGGCACGGCCGGAGCCGCACCUAGGCGUGCCACCACACCUCCCAGUCCACACCGUAAAUGACCAGGAUUUUUCGUCAACUAAAACAACAACACCCCAACAGGGGCCAGAACGACGAAGAUGACUGGACAGCCCUGCCUACUUCAUGUGUACCUAGCGGGAGGACAAGUGCAUCUACCGGCAGGUAAUCAGGUGUCGGGGACUGCCAGCGCAUACCAGGCUGCGAAGGCCAUGGUUCGCUGAUACUGGCAUAGCACACGGUUACAGACCUUUUGACCUAGGAGUGCAACACGUGGCCCUGCAUAGAGCCUGGGCCGUCAGCCUUCAAUGUUGGGUUAACAAACAGUCGUCGACUGAGAGGCAUUACUCAUAUAGUACACACAUUCUCCUCACAUACAUGCGACUGUCACCGAUCGCUGGAGAAGGAGCCGAUUCAGCCGGGCCCUCAGCCCACAGGUUCGUCACUCCACACAAACACACAAAACUGUACGGAGUGCGUGGGCUGGGUUGGGGCGUCAGUCGGAUCCCUUUCGAGUCACGGCGCUCGACCUACCGUGGAAGUCUUAGUCUCCGACCACACGUGGAGCUGGGGGCUGCAUAAAGAAGGAGCCGAGACGCACGCUACCCACUUGCGUGGGACAGUCGGUUGGGUGCUUGAGAUUGAUGUGCCGUGAGAUGCUGGUGGGAGAGGGUACGAUGAUGUGAUGCAGCCGGCGGUGGUCUACCACAGGUUUUCAUGGAGGCGCAUGUGGCCUAAUAGACCCCUGUUGUGAAUGAAUGUGCGAGUGCAAUGUGGACAGAUGAGGCGGAUGCGGCGAGUGGAGGUUGGUGCUACAGGCACUGGUUAGGCGGUUUGGCGGGCGCUUCAGUUUGUCAAGAACGUUUUGAAAGCCGUCGGCCGCCUUCUUGCACCACCUGAGACUGGAGUUGCACACGAACCGGAGGCAACCAUCAAGCGUCAGGUAAUGGAACCGAAAGACCCGCUGCCACCGCAGGAAAAGUCUGAAGAGUCUGGACGCGAAAAGUUUAGGCGAAUAACCGCACACGCUGCAGCGGCGCGGAGAACUGACGUUAUCUCUCAGUUUUCUGAGCAGUCGACGAGCUCUGGCCACACAUUCGACGAGGCCGAAAUACUCGAUAGAGGUGACAAACGCGUGAGCCGCGAGCUGCUUUAGUCGUGGUUUACUGGCCCCCAGUGCAUUAGCAAGUGCAGCGACCUUCCCCUCUCAUACUUGGUGCUGAGACUUCGCCUAGGCGGACUAAUUAACCACGCGGGGAGCGUACGGGUGAACACUGUUCCCAACGCCAGGGUCGGUGCGUCAGCUGGUCCAGCAGUCAUUACACCAAUAUCCAAUACACUUGAUGUAAUUACAGUAAUUAACGACACGCAUUUCGGUCAUCAAAUGACCAACACACCAAGUGCGACGGUCCCGGAUAAAGGAGGGAACUGGGAAUAGUCAUUGGCAUGCAGUAGCAUGGCGAAUGCAUCCUAUAAAUACUGCAGCCCUUGUGCGCAAACCACCCGGUUGGGCGGUCAGAGUUAGUUGACGAUGUGGGAGGCGAGGGAGAGGUGGAUAGGGAGAUGCAGUUGGUGUAGUCCGAGUGCUGCAGUUGGUCCGAGGAUGUCCAGCAUGUCCGUUGACAGCAUGGACACGUUGGAGGUGUUUGGGUUUUGGAGUUGCGAGGUAGGCGCAGCUGAGAGUUGCGUACUUAUCAUUUGGUUUUGGUGGUGGCGAUGCGGUUUGCUUCGCAGGUCGCCCUGCCUGUCUUCCCUGUGUUCCUCCACGUAGGCCGGUCCCGGGCGAGUUCUACCCAGUUUGCCGGGUUGAUUUGCAAACGCUUCAGGGAGGUUUUCAGAGUAUCUUUGUGACGCCUGACUUGACCUUUUCGGCGGCGGGAACCUGUGGUGGAAUCUCCAUAGAAGAGCUGUUUGGAUAGCCGCUCGUUGUCCAUCCGCACGAGGUGGCGGUUCCAACACAGUUGAAGUUGUAUUAACAUGGCGUAGAUGCUGAGAAUUCUUAUCCACUUCCGUACGUCAGUUUCGGGGAUCCGGUCCUGCCACCUCAGAUUUAAUAUGCGACGAAGACAGCUGAGGUGGAAGUGGUUGAGUCGGCGUGUCUGCUUAAUGCAAACUGCCCAAGUCUCUGCUCCAUGCAAGAACGUUGGGAGGAUGGCAGUCUUGUACAUCUUCAUCCUCGUGUUAAGAUGGAGACUGUGACGGCUCUAGACGGUGUUCUGCAGACGGUCAAAGGUUUGACUGGCCUUCGAAAUUCGGCGGCCACUUUGUUGUCGAUCUUGGUGCUGCAGGAGAGCGUGUCGCCCAGAUACGUGAAGUUGUCCUCUACUUGCAGUUGAGUUCCGUUCACACUGAUUUACUGCGCAUUGUGAAGGGCUGCUUUGGCUGGUGGUUGAUGCAUGUCCACCGUCUUCUCCUUGUUAAUGACCAAACCAAAGUUCUGACAAUCGGUGGAGAAGAGGUCCAUGCUCCUUUGUAUGUCUCCCUCAGUAAUUGCAUUGAGGGCGCAGUCAUUGGCGAACAGAAGUUCGUGGAUGGUGGUUGUGAUACACGCGACUGGAAGUGCAUUCGCCGAUAA